CCUGACGCAAACCUAACACAAACAUCCCCCAUCCGUCCAUACAGGUCGCAACCGAAAAAAAGCGUCUGCCUAGAGCGAACUAUCCUUAUCCUACCUAAGCCCGUCAUCGCAAGCCUCGUCUAAAUAGCCUCAUCUCCUCUUUCUCCGAUCACUUUAUUAAGCUACGAUAAACUGCAACAGCUUCCGCGCGUCCCUUUGUCCCUAGUAGAAACUGCCGCUCACCGAGCCGACUUUACAUCAGAAUUGAAUCGUAUCUCUCCAUCUAUCGCGCAAAAUAGUUAACCUAAAACCGAAUCGCAAAGAUGGACUUCUCUGACUCAUUCCGAAUCGUCAACCUCGCCGUGGGCGUGAUCAUGGUGCUGGGCGGUAUAUCGCAGUUCUUCAACGCGAGCUUCCAAUCCAUCAUCAUCGGCGCCUACGUCCUCGUCUUCGGCCUCGGCGUCGCGCUGCUCGAGUUCCAGAUCCCGCCGCAGGUCUCGCGCUACGCCUCCUUCAUGUUCUCCUUCCUCGGCCGCGGCGUCUUCUACGUCUUCGUCGGCUCCAUCCUGCUCAACAACGGCGUCCUGCGCAUCAUCGCCGGCUCCGUCGUCGGCGCCGUCGGCCUCGCCUACGUCGCCCUCGAGUUCGUCCCCUCCGUCGAGCCCCCCGCCAACAUGCGCGAGGCCGACCAGGGCUGGGGCGCCGAGCAGGUCUAGGAAAUUUUUUUUCCCGACACCUUUUUAAAACCGCCGCGAUUGCCCUCCCCUGAACCUAAACUUACUACCACUUAACAACAACAACUUACCUAACCAAGAAACUACAACAUUAGUAGAAGCGUUCCUGGCACACGUCGCGGGCAUGUAUGUAUAUAUAUAUGUCGCGGAUAAGCUGGGACGGCAGCGAGCGAGAGAGAAAGGGAAAGAGGAAGGAACGAAGGGAGGCAGGGAGGGUGAGCGAAUCUCCUAGCUUGGACAGGAUGGUUGGUUUACUCGCCUUGUGGGAUACCGACUGAUGAAGGUGCGACAAGGAAGGGGACCAGAGGUUAGCUUCUAGCUGGUAACUGGGGCCCGACUAUAUGAAAAACUAGGUGAAAAACAAAAAAAUUUGCGGCUGGAAUGCUGGUGUUUUAGAAAGUUAAUUCGUUACUCCAACUAUUGGGACGGUUAGGUUGGGCCGAUGAUGGCCUCAGAUGUACGAAUAAAUGCGAUGGAUUUUGCCAUGGAAGACCACGUUGGCGUGUAAACGAUCGGGAGACUAGUUGUAGAGACGAGAUAGACGAGAUGGAAUUGUUCUUCCCAUGA